AAAAGUUACUAGAGCACCAUAUUUUCCAAUUUGUAGGGUCAUUGAUCGUUUAGACCUUUUCAAACUUCCGACCAUUCAUAUUAAGUGUAGCCUUUAAUAUGGCCUAAUCAAACCAAAUUUUCUACACAAAAUCCAAGUUCGGGAACCAUUCAACGCAUUCUUUGAGUCAAUUUUUUGCUGACUACUUUCAUUAUCAGAGAUCAACGUUAAACAACAAAUCUAAAUAGAAAUUUCAAACUAGAGUCCACAUCUUUAAUUAAAUUAAUACCCAUUUUUAAAUUUUUUAUUAGGAUAAGUCCUUUUGCCUUGUCCACACAACCCAAAGACUAUUUGAGCAUGGAAAAAGUGGUUUGAAAAGUCACAAAAGUGCUUUUUUGAGUUGCAACAAAAGGAUGACCCAAGAAAUAAGCUUCAAAAAGGACAUGAUUUGUACACUUCGGGGUAAUUGUUUUAUUCAACUCUUGACAUGGUUUUGAUGAAGUUCCCAUGGUCCAAAAAUCAUCUCUUUUUUUUUUUUUUUAGCUCUUUUUAAUCAAGUUCACAUGGAUUUUGAGUAAAUUUGGUGCUAGUGUUUUUAUCUGCUUGACCAAUACGUAAUAUAAGCAUUUAGGAGUAAACAUAUUUUUGCAUUAUCUUCAUUCUCCAAUGGGAAACAGAACAAAGCUUCUGCUCUCUCUUCAUGUUCUGAUGCUUUACUUUCUUUCUUUUGAGACCUGUCUCUCCUUUGAAAAUAAUACCAUUUCUCCAGGCCAAUCACUCUCUGGUAACCAGACUAUCAGCUCAGGAAAUGAAAGGUUUGAACUUGGUUUCUUUAAGCCAGGUAACUCUACACACUACUAUGUAGGCAUCUGGUACAAGAAACUCCCAGUUCGAACUGUGGUAUGGGUGGCUAAUAGAGAUAAGCCAGUCCUUGAUCCUUCCACUUCAAAACUUCAACUCUCAGAAAAGGGUGACCUUGUCCUCUACGACCAAUCUGGAAUCCCACUUUGGUCAGCUGAGUCAUCAUUGAACUCCAUGAAUUCCACUGUUGCAGUUCUUGAGAAUGAUGGAAAUCUUGUUUUAAGAAACAGUUCAAACCCUUUAGCCAUAGUAUGGGAAAGCUUUGAUCAUCCUACUGAUACUUGGUUGUCUGGUGCCAAGCUUGGAAUGAAUAAGAUUACCAAGAAAGGCCAAAUCUAUAUUUCAUGGAGAAAUUCAAAUGAUCCUGCCUCUGGACCAUAUUCCCUGGGGCUGGACCCUAAUGGAACAACCAUGUAUUUCAUACUUCAGAAUGGGAACAGGCGCUGGACUUGUGGGAUGUGGCUAGAAAGAGUUUCCUCUUUUAGUACUGACAUAGUUGCUAUCAACUAUGCAACUGUGCAGUAUGUGUCAACUAAGAAAGAAAACUUCUACAGUUACAAUGUCACCAACUCCUCAGUUCUUGUAAGAUUUGUGAUGGAUAUAUCCGGAAAGCUGCAGCAACUCAUAUGGCAAGAUGAUUCUCAGAAAUGGCGAGAGAUUUGGGCAAAACCAAAGGAUCAAUGUGAAAUCUAUGCUUUCUGUGGAGCAUAUGGAGCCUGUAAUCAGUACAGUUUGCCUACAUGCGAAUGCUUGCAUGGAUUUGAACCUAAAAUUUCUGGAGAAUGGAAUAAAGGUAAUCACACACAUGGUUGUCUUAGGAGAACUCCAUUGCAGUGCAACAAUGGUGUGAAAGAUGGCUUCAAAGUGAUUCCUAACAUUCGGAUACCAGCAAAUUCCAUGAUGUUGACGAAUAAGAAGAGUUUGGAAGAGUGUGAAUCAGCCUGCUUAAGAGACUGCUCCUGCACAGCAUACACCUAUGAUGGUAACUGCUCCAUAUGGCAAGAAGAUUUGUUGAACAUCCAAUACCUCUCAUAUGGUGACAAUCUAGGAAGAGAUCUACAUUUCCGGCUUCCAAUGACAGAGCUGGGAGCUUUGAGAGGUGAGGCGAGGGGAAGAAUUGAGUGGUUCACUAUUAGUUUAGCUGCAGCAAUUGUAAUUUUGAUUUUUAUCUUGGGACUCCUUGUUUCAACAUGCUGGAUGAAAAUUUUCUCUGAUACUAAGCCUACUGAUGAUGGUUUGAUUCUCUUUAAGUUCGGUGAUUUAAAGAGUGCAACAAAGAAUUUUUCAGAAAAAUUAGGUGAAGGAGGCUUUGGUUCUGUUUUUAAAGGAACACUUCCAAAUUCAGCUGUCGUAGCUGUAAAGAGACUCAAAUGCCAAGGCCAAGAAGACAAGCAGUUCCGCAAUGAAGUGAGUACCAUCGGGACAAUCCAUCAUGUUAAUCUCGUUCGCCUUCUGGGGUUUUGCGUGAAGGGCAUGAAGAGGUUUCUUGUAUAUGAUUACAUGCCAAAUGGUUCCUUGGACAGUCAUCUGUUUUAUAAGGAUUCAAAGAUCCUAGACUGGAAAACAAGAUAUCAUAUUGUACUGGGAGUAGCUCGAGGAUUAGCCUAUCUCCAUGAGAAGUGCAUAAAACGCAUCAUACACUGUGAUAUCAAGCCUGAGAACAUUCUGCUUGAUUCUGACUAUAAUCCUGUGCUUUCAGACUUUGGCCUAGCAAAGCUGUUAGGCAGGGAUUUCAGUCGUGUGUUGACUACUAUGAAAGGAACCAGAGGGUACCUUGCACCUGAAAUGAUUUCAGGUGAUCCAAUAACUCCAAAAUCUGAUGUUUUCAGCUAUGGAAUGUUGCUUUUGGAGAUAAUAUCAGGAAGGAGAAACUGGGAGACAGGAGAUGAUGGGACAAAUAAUUACUUCCCAGCUCGCGCUGCAAUCUGCGUAAGCAAUCGAGGAGAUGAACUAAGUUUGUUGGAUUCCAAGUUACAGGGGAAUGCAAAUGCAAACGAAGUCAUCAGAGCUUGUAGACUUGCAUGUUGGUGCAUUCAAGAUGCAGAGCAAAGUAGGCCAUCCAUGGGGCAUGUUGUUCAGAUCCUGGAGGGAGUGCGAGAGAUCAAUAUACCACCAAUUCCAUGGUUUAUCCAGACAAUAGUCUUUGACAAAUGAGAACAAAUGUACUAGUAGUUCAAACUGCUUAGCAGGCUAGGUGAACCAGUUUCGCCAUUAAUAUGUAGUAGCUCAAUAUUGUCAAGUUCCAAUUACCAAAUACCAUCAGAGUAGCUUUAGGCUUUAGCUUUACAUCAAGAUGCAUGUUUCUUUGUAUAUUGUAUCAUCCUUAACGAGUAAUUGCUAGGAAU